AUGGAUUCAAACAAAAUCUUCGAAUUGGGGGUAUCGUGUCCCUAUGAACUCUCAUCUUCACCUACAAGAUUUCCCGAUUGCUGCCUGGCCAUCUCCAGCACUUUGAUCUCCUCUAUUGUUUCACUUCUUCCUAAGAAACCCGCCUUUACGCUCUCGAUAGGCAGUGGAUCUGGUUUUCUCGAGUAUAUACUUGCUCAAAGCAACGAAAAUGUAUCUGUACAGGGAGUGGAAGUGAGCUCGACUGUCAACCGAUAUAUUGCCGAAGAAGAUAUGCACGUUGUUAGCGGCGCGUGGGGCCUUUAUUCCUUUGCUCAACAAGCUACGGCAUGGAUGUUUGUCUAUCCACGCGAUCCGAAGCUUAUCACUAAAUACCUGAACAAUUACGGUGAUGAAGCUGUAGAAUUGAUCAUCUGGCUCGGACCACGAGUCGAUUGGCCUGACUAUGAGCCGUGUUUUCGCCGGUCUUCUUUCUCGAAGCUGGACUUUCCGGAUAUUGGAUUAACGCCGUAUGAGAUCGCGGUGGUUGCCGAAAAAUCAUGA